CCCUUGGGGGCAGCCUCCUGGAGGCGGUGGGAUUUGAGCAGGGCCUUGCAAAGUGGGGAGGAUCUCGGUGCGAGAGGGGCUACCAGGCUAGGGAGGCUGAGGCUGGUAUGUGCCCCCCUGCUCUGCACCCACACUGGGCUGGGUUACCACACCGGUCAGCUGUGCACAGGUCUCCUACCCUGUCGCGGAACAGCAGCGGAGGAAGUGGCGAGAGCAGGUCUGAGUCAGGUGUGGAGCCAGAGAGGAGGUCAAAGGGUCCAGAGGAUGCUCACUGGGCUGAGAGCGGUGAAGUGAUUGGCCUGGAGGCCCUGCUUCUCUCAGUGUGGUGGGAUGACAGUUUGCCCAAGGGACCAACUGGUUUUUGGCUUGCUGUCCUGCUUGAGUGAAGCACAGCCAUGGGUACAGGGAAAACCUUACUGCUGUUGCUUUAAGUCUCCCAAGGCAGAGGGUGCAUUGCCCUGCAUUCACGAAGCUGAGGCAGACAGAGAAGGAAAUGGGGCAGGGCUGCAGAGCCCAGCUGCUCCCCGGGCUCGUUCACACAUGAAAACUUCCUGUGAUGAGAACGGAAACACAGGUGCUGUCCCUACCACAGCAGCUCCCAUAGCUGGGGCUGGAGGGGAGCCAUGGACAGGCCCCGCGCCCUGGUCCUGCUCUUGGCGCUGCUGACACUCUGCAUCACUGCUGGGACCCCUGAAGUGUGGGUGCAAGUUCAGAUGGAGGCCACCAAGUCCCCGUCCUUCACUGUCCGCUGUGGAUUCCUGGGAUCUGGUUCUGUCUCCCUGGUGACUGUGAGCUCUGGGGGGCCCGACGGUGCCGGAGGGACUAGACUGGCUGUUUUGCACCCAGAAUUUGGCAUCCAGUAUUGGCCCCCCGCCUGCCAGGUCCACUGGGAAACAAAAACCAGCAUCUCCCUCACCUUGGAAGAAGGGUCUGAGGGGAUAAGCCCCAAUCCCAACACCACCUUCUGCUGCAAAUUUGUUUCCUUUCCUGAAGGCUCCCAGGAGGCCUGUGGGAACCUCUUCCUCAGCACAGACCAAGGGCUCCCUGCCCCUACUCCAUCCCCCAUACUGCGGGCUGACCUGGCUGGGAUCUUGGGGGUCUCAGGGGUCCUCAUCUUUGGCUGUGUCUACCUUCUCUACCUGCUGCAUCGGCAGAGGCACUGGUCUGUCAUGAAGCUUCAGCCACCCUUCACCAGCCCCCAGACACAGACGCGAGCAAGGCAGGUGGCCAGCCAAGCCUCCCUGGCCUCUCUCCACAUCCCGUACACUACUGUCAACACCAACCGUUACCGCCUCGCCACUCUAGACACGGUUCUUCAGCCCCGGCCACUGUCCCCAUGGGCAGUGUUCCCCGCCCACACGGCAUGCCAACCUCGGCCUCCUGCCCCCUGGGUGCCCCUGCCAGCCUCUGCACGCAGCAGUUUCAUCUCCAUUGAGAAUGGACUUUAUGCUCAGGCGAGAGAACGGCCUCUCCCAGUUGGCCCCAACCUUGUCCAUUUCCCUGACCCUGUGGGGCACAGAGCCAUGGAGGAGCACUUAGGAGUUCGAUGAGAGGGACCCCAAGUACGCUUGGGCUCCCUCUCUUCUCAGGCCUCUGGGAUCCCCUUCUGUUGUGCACCUGUGUCCUGGGUGCCCAUCAUCUUUGCACAUCUUAUCUUAUUCUCCGGCCUGCAUAAGUGUCUCUAACAUAAAGCUGGUCAAGGCCCACUCGCCACGGAUGUGGUCAGCACGUGUGCACGUGUGGGUACGUGUGGGCACACAUGUAUCUAUGCGAGGUGACAAAAUUCCAUCCCAGGUUGUUUCCUGUUUUCAAGUCCCCAGCCAUCACAGGUGAUGUUGAUAACUAAGUCAAAAAAAAAAAGUGGUUUCUGACUGGG